CGCUUCUUGUGCACUAUACUACUCUAUCUAUGGUGGUAUCGUGGUAUAGAUAUCCACAAAUGUGUGCAAAUAUACUGAAACGUGCUCGAAGUUGCUCAAAGUUACAAGAUAGACUGUUUUUGAUAUAUAUUAAAAAAUAAUUAAUUGAUGUAUUUAUUAUAUAAUGUAAAAAAUGUCUUUGAUUCAAAUUACAUCUACUCUAAGGAAAUCAAUAUGGAAUUAUGCAUUAUCACGUCAAAGAAAUCAACUAUGUACAGCAUUUUUCAAAAAUAAUUAUGUACAUCCAAAAACAUUUUCUCAUAACAAUGAAGUAGAAACCAAUCUAAAGUCCAACGAUAUUGAGAAAUCUCAAUUUUGUAAGGACCAAAUAUUAGAAAAUAUUGACUUGGAUACAGAACCUACACAAAAUGAUAAAGGAAGUUCAUUCUUAUCUCAUAAGUUACAAAUCUCAAAAGACCGUAUUGCAAAAUUGUAUCCUCAACCUGUACAAACCCUUGUUAAUUUUUAUAAUAUUGUAAAUAAGGAAUUUAACAUGAAAGAAUCUAUGUCUUUCAAAUAUGAAAAGUUUAAAUACUCUGGUGUCAAAAAAUUCAAAUGUACUUUGAAGGUUUUAUGGCCCUUGGAAAAGACUUUUACUGAUACAGGAAUAAAACAAAAUGUAGUUGCAGCACACACAGCAAGGCAGUGUUUGACUUGGUUGAAUUCCCUCCAUAAAAUUAAGGGAUCAAGACCUCUAUUAUAUAGCAGAGAAGAAAUUAAAAAUUUGUUGAAUGUGCCUAGCAAUUUAAAUUUUAAGUCAGAAUUUAAAAACGAAGUUGAAACACUAGUAAACACAUUUAAUAGUGAGAUAAAAGAAGUAAUACAAGCGUCACAUACUAUCAAUAUUAAUCAAGAUACUUCACAAAAAGAUGCAACUAACGAAUCCCGCUAUACGGAAUCACGAAGAUAUAAUCAGUAUCGUAAUUCUGAUUUAAUGGACCGACUUUCAUAUACAAGAAAUAGGGACAAUAAUUUGCCUAUUGCUAAGUACAGAACACAAAUUCUUGAUAGUUUAAGAGAUAAUCGUGUUCUCUUGAUCAAAGGUGAUACCGGUUGUGGCAAGAGCUCCCAAGUACCACAGUAUAUAUUAAAUGAUUAUAUACAAAAUAAUAGAGCAGACCAAUGUAAUAUACUGGUGGCAGAACCCCGUAGAAUUGCAGCUGUAUCUUUGGCUGAACGUGUUGCUGCAGAGCGAAAUGAGGCUGUAGGCGACGUGGUUGGUUAUCAUGUGCGACUUCACCAUACGAUACCAAGAGAACGGGGUUCCAUUCUAUUUUGCACGACUGGUAUGCUGUUACGGAAGCUACAAAGUGAUCCUACAUUAAGUGGAAUGUCACAUGUAAUUAUAGACGAAGCCCAUGAGAGAACUCUGCAGAUUGAUAUAUUGCUUAAUCUCUUGAAAGAACUGAUAGCGGCUAACCCGUCUUUGAAAAUUAUCAUUAUGUCUGCAACUAUGAAUGCAGAAUUAUUCCAAAAAUACUUUUCCUGUCCAGUUAUUGACGUCCCUGGGAAAGUAUUUCCUGUAAAAAUGCACUUUCUAGAUGACAUUGAAAUCUUUGAUAAGAAGUCGUUCAGAAUGUUUGAUCCCAAAGAGGUGGACAUUCCUUAUGACAGAGUAGUACAAUUAAUCCGCUGGAUUUUAGAAAAUAAACCACCUGGAGGUAUUUUAUGUUUCCUUCCAGGUUGGCAAGAAAUUAAGUAUGUCUGGAAAUUGUUAGAAAACCAAAUUGAUGCUAGCACAAUGAUACUACCACUUCACUCCAAACUGACACAUAUUCAGCAACAACAAGUUUUCAAUUCUGUUUCUGAGAAUUUUACAAAAGUUAUUUUAGCUACAGACAUUGCUGAGAGCGGUAUUACUAUUAAAGAUGUUACUUACGUUGUAGACACUGCAGUUAAGAAAGAUAUGUACUGGUGUUCAGAUAAGAAAUUGUACACCAUGUACAGUUCUUGGAUAUCGCAGGCAAAUAUUUGUCAAAGACAAGGAAGAGCUGGACGUGUUAGACCUGGAGAAAGUUACCACUUAAUCCCAAAAGAAGAAUAUGAAAAAUUAAAAAUGUACCCAGAGCCGGAAAUAUUUAGAACGUCAUUGAACCAGGCAGCUAUUAUUAGUAAAACAUACAGCAACAAGAAAUUACAUGAUUUUUUUAAUAAUAUGCUUGAACAACCUGAUAGAAUAUCAGUAUCGUGGGCUAUACAAAACUUGGAAGAACUUGGUAUUCUUGACGAGAAUGAAAAUCUCACACCUUUAGGAAAACGUAUAACAUAUUUUACAUUGGAUCCUACAUUAGCUAGAGCAGUGGUGUUUGCUUCUAUAUUUCAAUGUUUGUCUCCUAUUUUAUCAAUAAUUGUCUUGUUUACCACUGAGAGUGAACUAUCCAUCAAUUCGUUAAAUGAUAAAUCAAAGAUGCUUGAACUAAAACGGACGUAUCACAGUACAAGUGAUCAUAUUGCCUUGUUACGAAUGUAUAAAGAAUGGAGAAGGACGGAAGUUCAUCCGUUAUAUCGCGACAAGAAUAACAAAUCUUUGUAUUUACUAUCAAAUGUACACGAUUUGCAUGUAAACGAGCUCAUCAAUAGCGGUAUUCUUCAGACAAUUAGUGACUGUAAGCUUGCAAAUACUUAUGGUGAUCAGAAUGCAUUAACACGAGCUAUUUUAUUUUCGGGAACGGGUCAUUUAUUAAGAAAAUCAGAUUUUGGAAAUCAAAAUGGUUAUUUCACAAAACAUGCAGACGUGUUAUUAGCCGCAGACGGGUCAAAAGUUGCUCUUCGUAAAGACAGUGUAAAUUACAAACGCACAACAUGGCCAAGCCAGUUUUUGACAUACAUUAAUCGAACAGAGAUGGCACGGCAACGAGUCAGCAUUGUUCCCGAUACAAGUAUGAUUUCACCUUUAACGGUUUUCUUAUUUAACCAACACGAAAUCCAUCAAUGGAAGGAUAUUGGCGAAGACAAUGUUCGUUUGACAAUAAAUAACGCUAAUAAGACAUCGUUGUACUGCAAUGAAGAGACUGCAAAUCUACUAUUGAAUUUUCGAAAUGUUUUGUGGAGUACUAUAAGUUAUAUAGUUCAGUACGAAGGUGUUAAAGACCAUGAACAGAAUUUGGAAAAGGUUAAAUCAUUCAGAGACAAAAUGUUGCCCGUUCUCUUAAAAAUAUUACAGGAUACGUCGGCAGAACUAGACCUUGAUAGAUCAGACACUGUACCCAAGGAUAAGUCAUUUAAUCGUCGAGUGUAUUGAAUUGUUAGAGAAUGUUUACUUUAAAUAUAUUUAUACUAAAUGUUAAUUUCCUUUUUGAUUUUGAGACCAUCACUGAACUUGUUAUUUCAUGAAGUAUACUUGACAGGCUCAUACAGAAAAUAUGUUACACGCUUGAUUAAAUGAAAACUGUAUUAUUUUUAUUUUAUAUUGAGAGUUGCGGCAAAGAGUAAUAUGUAAUACGUAGAAAUAAUAUCAUUUUGUGUAUAAAUACAUGCAAUAACUAAGAAUAUAUUUGUUUUUUCACAAAUUUCAAACAUACAAAUUAUAAAUAUAAAUUUCAUACAUAAUCGUGUACAUAUAUGAUCAUAGUAUAAUUUUAAACAGUAGCGUUUGUAAUCAGAUAAAGUUCAAUAAAGUUUAGUUCCUAUUCGA